AUGCCUUGGUUAUCUUGUGUUACUGCUAAAGGGCGGAGAAAGAGAAAAUUUGAGCAGCAGAGUUUUAAGGAGGACGCAGGUAUCACUGCAUCGGAUACUGGGGACGGCCAAUUGAUAUUGCGCACCGAAUUCUUCCGGAGGCUCUUUCUCAUCAGAUACAGUACAGUCAUCUCCGAGUUCCAAACUUCCUCUCGAAGGGUUUGGGAGAGGCAAGGCUUUGACACCCAAGAAUGA